GGUAAAAACAUGAACAUGGAACCAAACCUCCUCCGCGCGGAACCUUUGUGUUGUGUGCUGCUUGUUUCCACCGGACCCGAAUCCUCCGCGCCUCUUCUCAUUCUCCGUGACUCGGUUCGGUUCGUGUCUUCCACCUGCUGAUUCGUUGGUUCUCGUCUUUUCUCCGGUGAACCGCUCCGCUGUUACCGGACAUGUCGAGCGGCGGCAGCUCUUUGUUCUCCGGCUUCCGGGUCCUGGGUCUUUACUCCAACCACGUGCCGCACGCGGUCCGGUUCCACCAGAAGCACCGGGAGUUCUACCUGGUGACGGUGGUCGGGAAGUGUCUGCACACGUACAACGUCAACAGGUUGGGGAUCGUCGCUGUCAGUAACAGCCUGUCGGAUGACAUCACCUGCUUGGCAGCCGACAGGAUGUUGGUGUUCGCUGCCGCUGGGAAACUCGUCAGCGCCUUCGCCCGAAACAAAGAGGUGGUGAUGCGUUACAAUGGUCACAGACAGGAAGUGCGUCUGCUGCUGCCGCUGGGCGAUCACCUGAUCUCUGCCGACAGCGGCGGCGAUGUCAUCGUGUGGGACGUUCAGGGCGGCGACGUGUACCUGCGUCUGCAGUUUGACCCCAACACUUUCGACGUGUCGGCCAUGAUGCACCCGAGCACCUACAUGAACAAGGUGCUGCUGGGAAGCUCCCAGGGUGCAUUGCAGCUGUGGAACAUCAAGACAAGUAAGUUGUUGUUCACGUUUCGUGGUUGGUCGAUGGGAGUCACUGUUCUGCAGCAGAGUCCUGCAGUGGACGUGGUCGGCGUUGGCACAGCAACGGGCCGCAUCAUCAUUCACAACAUUCGUCUGGACGAAACACUGAUGAGCUUCACACAAGACUGGGGACCAAUCAGCUGGCUCGCUUUCAGAACAGACGGUCCUCCCAUCGUGGCGUCCGGCAGCCCUCAGGGCCACAUUGCAUUCUGGGAUCUCGAACGCCAUCAGCUGGUCGCUCAGCAGAGACACGCCCACAGCACAGCCAUCGCUGCAGCAACCUUCCUGCAUGGGGAGCCGCUAUUGGUCACUAACGGCGCUGACAACGCCAUCAAGGUGUGGAUAUUCGACCAGGAGGGAGGCGGAGCUAGACUGCUGCGGAGUCGUCAAGGGCACAGCGCCCCACCCACUACCAUCCACCACCAUGGCAACGACGGAAAAAAUAUCCUCAGUGCAGGUCAGGACGGGACACUUCAGUCUUUCUCCACCGUCCACGAGCGCUUCAACAAGAACCUGGGUCACGGUUCCAUCAACAGGAAGAAGGAGCAGAAGAAGAAGAAGGGUCUGUCGUACGAGGAGCUACGUCUUCCGUCCAUCUUGGCAUUCUCCUCUGCUGCUGCCCGUCAGUCAGACUGGGACGGCAUCGUUGCCUGUCAUCGCGGUCGCCUAGCAGCCACAACAUGGAACUACCAGAGGUGCACAAUGGGAGCUCAUCACCUGCAGCCACCCUCCCCUCGCCGGGACACUGUCGCCACGGCCGUCGACAUCACUUCCUGUGGUAACUUUGCUGUGAUUGGCUCGUCGAGCGGACGUGUUGACGUAUACAACCUGCAGUCUGGCCUUCAUCGUGGUUGCUAUGGCGACAGUGAGAAAGCUCACUGUGGCGCAGUGCGAGGCGUCGCCACGGAUACCCUGAACCAGCUGACUCUCACCGCCGGCUCGGAUUGGCUGCUCAAGUUCUGGCGCUUCAAGACUAGGAAACAGGAAGAAGAGCUGAAGCUAAAUGCUGCACCGGCUACCAUGAUGCUACACAGAGACAGCGGGAUGUUAGCAUUAGUGCUGGAUGACUUCACGGUGCUGGUGGUCGACAUAGAAACCAGACGUGUGGUCAGGAAGUUUGUGGGUCACCAUGGCAACAUAAAUGACAUGACGUUUAGCCCUGACGGCCGCUGGCUGGUUACCGUGGCGAUGGACUGCACCAUACGGACCUGGGACCUCCCCUCGGGCUGCCUCGUUGACUGUUUCCUGGUUGCCAUGGCGCCAGUGGGUGUGUCUAUGUCGCCGACGGGAGACUUCCUGGCGACGGCUCACAUCGACAGUCUGGGAGUUUACCUCUGGACCAAUAAGAGUCUGUGUGGACCUGUGGGGCUCCGCCCCCUCCCGGCAGAUCACCAACCAGCUACGGAGACACUGCCGGGCGUCACAGUGGAUCAAUCAGAACAGGAAGUGACAUCAGAGGAGGGGGAUGAUGCUUAUAAGUCGGCCGAUCAGUUGGGGGCGGAGCUUGUUACGCUGUCACUGCUGCCGGAGUCUCGAUGGAAAAGUCUUCUUUACCUGGACGACAUCAAGAAGAAGAAUAAACCUGUGGCUCCGCCUCUUGCGCCGCCUGCUGCGCCCUUCUUCCUGCCAACACUUCCUGGUCUCACGCCACGAUUCACGUCACCCACGGCAACUGAACAGGAAACACAGUCGAAGCUGCUGCCUUCGGGUUUGUCAUCUCAGAGGUCAAAGUUCACCGCUGCUCUGGAAGCUGCUCUGGAGUCUGGAUCAUCAGUUAAUUGCCCGGUGCUUCUCCUGAAGGAUUUUGGGCCGUCUGCGGUCUCCGUCGAGCUCACCUGUCUGACAUCAGAGGGGGGUGGAGCCAGCAGCCUCCUGCUCGCUUUCAUCCACAUGAUUGAACACAUGUUGGCCAGUGGGCGGGACUUUGAUCUGGCUCAUUCUUACCUGGCGCUUUUCCUGAAGCUUCAUCUCCGCUCGUUGUCACAGGACACUUUUGCCAUGGAAGCGUUGCUCCGCCUCUCCACCCAGCUGGAGGCAGGUUGGGCGGAGCUACGAGCAUCACUCGACCAAUCACUGUGUCUGCUGUCGUACACCAAGAGUGCACUGCUGUGACACGCACACACUUUGUGUAUUUCAAUAAAGUUUGAUGUUGAAUGUU